AUGAGUGAGGGUGGCAUGGGUGAGUCCAAACCCGCCCACGCUGCACCUGGGACAUCCAUAUCGAACCUGUCAGUCGUCUAUGUGGGAAAUUCGAAGGGCUCAUUCGGGUAUUGGCGGUUAUGGCGCGAGAAUCCAGGAGCCGGCCCUAUGGUUGCCUACUCAACUCCUACCAACACGGGGGUGUCACAAGAAUUUUCAGGAAUGGAAGAUAACAUACGACGAAAAACCAACCUGAAUCUCCCAAUACUUGAUUAUGAGGCUGGAACGAUUGUCCCAACUGCCGUGUAA